AUGGCCGCAAGCAAGGCAACCCGCUUGGGCGAGGAGUGCGUUUUCCAGGCAAACCCAACUCGUAUAGACAAAGUAAACGCCGAGCUCGUUACUCUCACAUACGGAACAAUCGUUGCGCAGUUGUGCAAAGACUACGACAGCGACUAUGUGGAGGUCAACAAGCAGUUGGACAAGAUGGGGUAUAACAUCGGCCUCCGUCUCAUUGAGGAUUAUUUGGCAAAGUCGAACACAAUGAAGAGAUGCGCAAACUUUCGCGAGACCGCUGAUGUCAUUGCAAGAGUCGGCUUCAAGAUAUUUCUAAACAUCACACCGCAGGUGACCAACUGGACGACAGACAACAAACAGUUCUCGCUUGUGUUUGACGAAAACCCUCUGGCAGACUUUGUCGAGCUGCCCGAUGACGAGCGAGCGCAAGAUGAGCUCUGGUACUCCAACAUCUUCUGCGGCGUGUUGCGGGGAGCUCUUGAGAUGGUGCAGAUGCAGGUCGAGGCGCACUUUAUCAGUGACGUUCUGCGAGGCCACGACACGACGGAAAUGAGGGUAUCAUUAGUGCGCUACAUUGACGACGAACUCCCCCCCGAAGACGACUGA